CGCGCACACCAGUCGCGCGCCGACCGCCGCAUGGGCAACACGUCCUAUAAACUCACCCUUAACCGAACCCGCCCCGACGUUGUGUUAACCGUAGUGGGAACGAAUACGUUGUGAUUUGUUUUGAGUGUGACGUCACUAGUGCAAACUGUGAACGUAAACGCAUAAAAUUGGUGUUUUAAGUGCACUAUGAGGUUGUUUACAACGUUAUGAAUGGUUUGGACCGCUGCUUCUUCGAUCAACGUGAGUCGCAACAGAAUGGGGAUGAUUGCAGCUAUAGUUAUAUAAUUUUGCGAUCACUGGAUCCACGAAGAUGAUCUGAUAGUGAAGGCCUGGGCCGGCUGCACCCGUACGGCUCGGGCAGCGGUAGCGGUUCAAGCAGCGGCAGCGGGCGGCGGCGCGCGCGCAGCGGCCUCUCCGACUCGCCGACCGCUCCCGCUACGCCCACGUCGGCGUCCGACAACGCGUCCGACGCCACUCUCACCGACUCGGAGUUGCCGCUCGCUAGGGACUCCACCUUGCUCCAUAACGGAAUGCUGAGGUCCACAUUCGACCGGCCAGACCACGAACGGUGUCUCUUGGAAGGGUCUCGUCUCCCGCCCGAUGUCCCCCCUCGCAACCCGACCAUGUCACGGCUGAACGGUCGCAUCACCGGCAACCCAGCGGACCUGGGCGACUUCGAGCCCUCGUGCCUCGUGCGCACGCCUUCUGGCAACUUCUACGUGCCUUCAGGUGAAUGGGAUAUUCAAAAGAAUCCGUCUAUGGACUACAAGUCGAAUUCUUCAUGUAGUAGUCCUGGCAAACCAGAGAAGAGCACGUUAGAAAGAAUGGAGCGGUCAGACCGGCCACACCCGACAUUCGGUACCCCAGUUCCUGUCCUCCCGGUCAGGAACAACCUUCGAUCUUCGAACUUUCCCUCAGCCGGUUCACGGUUUCACUUCCGAAAAGGCCUCUCGUCGAGGUGCUCUUGGAAGUGCACCGCUAUUGUAUUUAUAAUACUCUUCGUUGUAUUGUUAGCCAUCGCGUCUUAUAUGACAGCAUCAUAUUUUGUUAACUGGACUUAUCAAAACCCCAAAUCGUGUACAGUAGUUGUCGGUGAACCACCAGAAGUGUUCCCGGCGUCAAAAGCAACUUCACUAGAAUUCGCCAACAAAACUAUGGCGAGGCCGCAUCAAAGCUUGCCAACCAUAGGCACAGGUAAAACGGAACAUCACUCCCGUCACCGUAGAAGUGUAGAUGUAGUAGAUGGGCAUGCUUCUUCUUUACCACCAUCUGUUUCUUCUGAAGAUUCUUCCACCGCUGUAAAUAUGCAUGAUAUAACCAAACCUUCUGUGAACACUAUUAGCUUAGUGCAUGGUGUGGCAGAAGAAACCAUCACUCAACGGGACGAAGAAAACAUCGAGGGUUCUAACAAUGCUUUUGUGUCUAGCAAUAAUGAUGAUGUGUCGAUUAAUACUGGUGAUCUAACAAAUAACGUCGAGACGGGUACAAGUAACAAAACCCGGUUGUCUUCAACAAAUGUUGCUUCAACAACUACUGAACAAAUCGUGGUGCCAACAGUCGAAUCUACUACUUUGACUAGCACGGUUACUGAAAUAACAACUAAAGAAACUAAUUACGUUAGCAGCGAAAAUAGUCCAAUACUUAUUAAAACAAAUGAAACUAACGUGGACCAUCCGCUUCAAGUCGAUGACAAAGAUAAAAGUCAAAUAAAAACUGAAGUAAAUGAUAUAGCUUAUGAGCCUGAAGAUAUGCAAGGUGAUUCAUCCACCUUUAUCCGUUCGUAUGGUUUCCAAAAACUUCAGUUUUCUAAAAUUCAAGACCAAUUGGAAAAAAUUAAAGAAGUGCUGCACAUUUAUACUAAUGACUCAACUGAUGUGGAUAACGAUUUACAAAAGUUCCGUUAUGAGAGUGAAGGUAGUGGUACUAAACACGUCUUACAGACAAGCACACCCAAAGCUGUUACAACCGAGACAGUAACAGCUACUGAAACUGCAAUAACAACUGAAGCAACAACGCUGUCACCUUUACCUAGCUCUACGGAAUCUGUAACAACCGAAAAUAUUAAAACAAAUGAGUACAUAACAGAAUCAACCGCACAUACCACUGUAAAUAAAUACACCACGCACAAUGAGCAUGUUAUAAAUACAAGGCCGUCACUAAAUGUUACUAAUAAAAUAUUUACUUCAAGCACUACUACUGAAACAAGUGCUGACGAAACUCCCACUGUCAAUACUGGUGAUACUAAAAUACCUGACGUGACUAAUCCUAAACAUGUGUUGAUUAACCUGACAAUUUCUGCGGAUGAUGCUGAAAGCUCAGCAUUUAAGCAGCUUUAUUCUCUAACAUUAACUGUUCCUACAAUUGGAGAUACGAAUGAAAUACCAACUGUCAAAAUUACUCCAAUGGAUUCAGAACCUACCCAAGCUUCUCAUUUUAAUAGACCUGUUACUCUAGAAGGGUCAACGAAAAUCAACAAGCCCACAAGUGCUGAUAGCGAGAAUGGAGGAAGCUGUGAAUGUUCGUGCCCAGCUUGCAUAACCAAUGCCACUGAUGAUUUCUAUGACGAGUCUGCUGACAGUGGAGCGACGACAGCGUCUACAUAUUUUGAUUCAUCCACUGUAGCUGAUCAAAUUUCCAGUACUGGAAAUUCUGACCUAAUGGAAUCCACAACUGAGGAUUUGAGCAAAUUGACAGGUUCAACAGAGGCAGAAACAGUAUCUACUGAUACCUCGAUAGAUACGAGUACUGAUAUAUCGACUCAAAAUGAAAAUAUUUCUACAACAGACAGCUAUAUGGUCUCAGAGACCACGACAGAAAUAACAACUGAAACUGACACAAUUUCUACGACUGAAACACCAACAAAAUGCGUUUGCCCAAAAGUUCAGCCUCCACCCAUUCUUAUAUUGGAAGGUGCACGAACGUUUCCCGCGCAAACAUUUCCACCAGACGGAACGACGUUCAAACAAAUUACUUUAGGUGAAAAAUUAUCAAAAGAAAUCCCUCCAUAUAGUUACUGGAAUAUGCAGUUUUAUCAAACUCAAGCCAGUUACGUGAAGUUCGACUACAUGAUACCCCGAGGUGCUUCCAUAGGCGUGUACGCGAGAAGAAACGCUCUACCCACACAUACGCAAUAUCAUAUCUUGGAAGUACUCAGCGGUUUCAAGGCGAGAACAACAAGAACUUCACAUAAAUAUCAUUUGCAGCCCUCGAUCAAGAAAGAAGUAACACACUACAUGGAGCAAGGCCAUUGGUUCUUAUCUUUAUACAAUGACGACGGCGACCCACAGGAGAUCACGUUCAUAGCAAUGAUCGCUGAUGAAAUGACGCACAACUGUCCUAACGGCUGCUCUGGUAAAGGGGAAUGUCUGAUGGGCCAUUGUCAGUGCCAGGCCGGUUUUGGAGGUGAUGACUGCAGCAAAAGCGUGUGUCCAGUACUAUGCAGUCAACGAGGAGAAUACAUCAAUGGCGAAUGUCAGUGCAAUCCUGGAUGGAAAGGCAAAGAAUGUUCUCUACGGCAUGACGAAUGUGAGGUACCCGAUUGCAAUGGUCACGGCCAUUGUGUCAAUGGCAAAUGCUCUUGUGUCAGAGGCUACAAAGGCAAGUUUUGCGCUGAUAUUGACUGCCCUCAUCCAACUUGUUCCGGACAUGGAUUCUGCAUCGAAGGCUCGUGUAUAUGCAAGAAGGGCUGGAAAGGCAUUGACUGUGCAACAAUGGAUAAGGAUGCUUUGCAAUGUCUUCCGGACUGCUCUGGGCAUGGAACGUUCGAUGUUGACACCCAAACCUGUUCUUGUCACGCUCGUUGGUCUGGCGAUGACUGCUCCAAAGAGAUUUGUGAUCUUGAUUGUGGUCUACACGGAAGAUGUGUCGGCGAAUCUUGUGUAUGCGAUCCCGGUUGGACUGGCGAGUUCUGUACCUCUAAGCUAUGUGACGCCCGCUGCAGUGACCACGGUCAAUGUAAAAAUGGCACUUGUCUCUGCGUGUCUGGUUGGAACGGUCGGCAUUGCACACUGGAAGGUUGUCCUCGGGGAUGCGCCGGACAUGGGCAGUGUAAGGUCGCCAAUGAUGGCCAGUGGUCCUGCAAAUGUUUCGAUGGAUGGGACGGUCCGGAUUGUACGACGCUCAAAGAACAGAUCUGUGAUGAUUCAAAGGAUAAUGACAAAGAUGGCCUCGUGGAUUGCGAGGAUCCUGAGUGCUGCCUCAACCCUAUCUGCAAAGGCAGUCAGCUCUGCGUCUCUUCACCGAAGCCUACUGAUAUUCUCCUUAGGAAGCAACCUCCAGCCAUCACUGCAUCUUUCUUCGAGCGGAUGAAAUUCAUCAUAGAUGAAGGUAGUCUCCAAAACUACGCAAAGCAGGAAAACUUCAACGAAAGUAUGUUUUGGAACCACUUCAACUCGAGUCGUUCAGCGGUUGUCCGAGGUCGUGUGGUCACAUUACUUGGGACUGGUCUGGUUGGUGUCAGGGUAUCCACCGAUACGCCUCUGGAAGGUUUCACGCUGACCAGAGAAGAUGGCUGGUUUGAUCUCCUGGUAAAUGGAGGUGGAGCUGUCACAUUGAACUUCGGAAGGGCACCGUUUAAACGAGCUACGAAGGUUGUCUACGUGCCUUGGAACGAGGUUGUGAUUAUUGACACUGUCCUAAUGACGACUAUGGAUGAGAAGAUUAACAUGGGCCCCCCACAAGCUUGUCUAGCUCAUGAUUACGAUACUAUGAAGCCUGUAGUACUGGCUACAUGGAAGCAUGGAUUCCAAGGAGCUUGUCCUGACAAAAGUGCUAUAUUAGCAGAAUCUCAGGUGAUUCAAGAAAGCCUCGAAAUCCCUGGAACAGGCCUACACCUAGUAUACCACAGCUCUAGAGCAGCUGGUUAUCUUUCAACCAUACAACUGCAGCUUACUCCUGAGAAAAUUCCAUCGACGUUGGCACUCAUCCAUCUUAGGAUAACAAUUGAAGGCAUACUGUUCAAGAAGACUUUCGAAGCCGAUCCAGUCAUCAAAUUCACGUAUCCAUGGAAUCGCCUCAACGUUUACAAGCAGCGAGUAUACGGAGUCACCACUGCUUUAGUCAAAGUUGGAUAUCAGUACACAGAUUGUAAGGAUGUCAUCUGGAAUGUGCAAACUACUAAACUAAGUGGACAAGACAUGAGUAUAUCCGACGUUGGAGGCUGGAACUUGGAUAUCCAUCACAGAUACAACUUCCAUGAAGGCAUCCUCCAAAAGGGUGAUGGAACAAACGUCUACCUGAAACAUAAGCCUCGUGUGAUCAUCACGACAAUGGGUGACGGUCGUCAACGUGAACUGGAAUGUGGGGAUGAAUGCACUGGCGUGGCUUCCAGACAAAGGCUCUUAGCACCAGUAGCCUUAGCCGCAGCCCCUGAUGGAUCCAUCUUUGUGGGAGACUUCAAUCUUGUUCGGAAGAUCAGUCCGGACGGGACUGUGCGAACAGUGGUCAAGUUGAAUGCCACUCGAGUCUCCUACCGGUACCACAUGGCUCUAUCACCUCUUGAUGGCAACUUAUACAUAUCGGACCCAGAAUCUCAUCAAAUCAUAAGGGUGCGCAACACAGAGGACUUCAGUGACCCUGAACAUAACUGGGAGACUGUUGUCGGUUCUGGAGAAAGAUGUCUUCCAGGUGACGAAGCUCAUUGUGGAGAUGGAGCAUUGGCUAGAGAUGCCAAGCUUGCCUACCCUAAGGGAGUCGCGGUUUCCAUCGAUAACAUCGUCUACUUCGCUGACGGUACAAACAUCAGAAUGGUUGACAGAGACGGCAUCAUAACAACAAUCAUUGGAAAUCACAUGCAUAGAGCUCACUGGAAACCCAUUCCUUGUGAAGGUACCCUUAGUGUGGAAGAAGUUCACUUACGUUGGCCUACCGAGCUAGCGAUCAACCCAUUAGACAACAGCCUCCACAUCAUUGACGAUCACAUGAUUUUGCAAAUGGCCCCAGAUGGCAGGGUGAAAGUAAUUGCUGGAAGACCUCUGCAUUGUCCAUCACCUAUGACCGGAAUUGAUGUUGAAUUGGCAACUUAUGCCACAUUGGUGAUGCCGCAAAGUAUAGCUUUCGGUUCAGCGGGAGACCUUUAUGUAGCUGAGAGUGAUUCACAAAGAAUAAACCGAGUUCGCCUUAUCACAACUGAUGGCAAGAUUUCACUGUACGCUGGCGCUGAAUCGAAAUGCAACUGCUUAGAAAGAGGGUGUGACUGCUUCGAAGCUGACCAUUACUUGGCCUCCAACUCCAAGUUCAACACAAUCUCAGCUGUCAUAGUCAGUCCCGACGGUAUCGUGCAUAUAGCAGAUCAAGCAAACUAUAGAAUCAGAUCAGUAAUGGCAAGUAUUCCGGAUGCGAGUGGAGCGAGGGAAUACGAAAUAUAUUCACCUGACACACAAGAGAUCUACAUCUUUAACAGAUUUGGUCAGCACGUAACUAGCAAGAAUAUUUUGACAGGCGAGAACAACUACGUAUUUACCUACACUGUUAACACAAGUAAUGGGAAACUCAGCACCGUGACAGAUGCAGCUGGCAAUAAAGUGUUCUUACUCAGAGAUUACUCCACUUCAGUCAACUCUAUUGAAAACACGAAGGGACAGAAAUGUAGGCUAAAAAUGUCAAGGAUGAAGAUGCUACAAGAACUAAGGACUCCAGACAAUUUCAAUGUUACCUUCGAUUACUACGGCCCAAGCGGAUUGCUCAAAUCUAAAUACGACAGUACUGGAAGGAGUUACGUCUACAAGUACGAUGAAUUCGGACGUCUGACAUCAGCUGUGACGCCCACUGGCCGAAUCAUCAAUCUGAACUUCGAUCUAAGUAUCAAAGGAGCGACAGUUCGCAUCACAGAAAAUAAUAAGAAGCCUAUUUCGAUCUUGAUAAAGGGAUCUUCAGUAAAUACUCGUACUGGUGAGGCAGAGCAAAAGACUAUAAUUUCAUCGGACAGUAGUAUUUCAUCAAGUAUGCCAUGGGGUCACGUAAUAUCUACAGACACUGUUCCGUACACAAUAUUGGCUGAAGUUGAUCCCAUUUUGGGUGAAAGCUUCCCUAUUCCCGCGAAGCAGAGAACCGAAGUUGGUGGUGACUUGGCAAAUAGAUUUGAAUGGCGUUACUUCUUGCGAAAACUCCUUAACAGAGCUAGAAAUGGCAAAUCUAUUGCCCAAGUCGGACGCAAACUAAGGAUAAAUGGUGAAAACUUACUCACUCUAGAAUACGAUAGAGAGUCAUCAACAAUAGCAGUGUUCAUGGACGAUAAGGUAGAACUCUUGAACGUAACUUAUGACAGAACUGCAAGACCAGUAAGGUUUGGACCGAGCAGUGGUAUAUUUGCAGAAGUUGUGCUUGAUUACGACAGAUUUAACAGACUGACUAAAUGGAGUUGGGGUGAUCUGAAUGAAACUUAUGGUUUCGACCGAGCUGGUAGACUAAACGAAAUAAGGUAUGGCGAUGGAUCAUCGUUAGCAUACUCCUUUAGGGAUAUGUUCACCUCUCUACCACUGAAAGUAACAACACCUAGAGGUAGUGAUUAUCUACUGGAUUACGAUGAUUCUGGAGCACUACAAAACUUAACCACUCCACGAGGUCACAUUCAUACGUUUGCCCUUAUGACAUCUCUAGGGUAUUUCAAGUACCAGUACUUCUCGCCAAUGAACAGACAUCCUUACGAAAUCUUAUAUAAUGACGAUGGCAAUAUUCUAUCUAAGAUUUUCCCACAUCAAUCUGGUAAAAUUGUAUAUGUGUAUGAUAACAGCGGAAAGUUGGAGAUGAUAUUAGCAGGAGCAUCUGCUAUCCGCUAUGUUUACCACGAAAAUACUCAUCUUGUUAAAAACGUAGAAAUAUCGGACUCUGAUUACGAACUAAGGCAAGAUUACAAGUAUCACGCUGGCAUUCUAAAAGACCAAAAGAUGAAAUUCAGUCCCAAGAGUAACCUGAACAACGCUCAUUUCAAAUAUCAAUACGACGGCAAUGCUCGGCUUUCUACAAUUGAUGUGAAUAUCAAUAGCAAGGAAAUGCCACAGCUGAGAAUGAAGUACAAUCAGAACCUAGGCAUUCUUGAAGCACUCAGCGAUUUGAGAAUAUACAGAAACACGUUCAAUAGGUCAGUGAUGCAAGACACAAGCAAACAAUACUUCACGAUCACGGAUUACGACGAUCGCGGUAGAGUGAAGACCAUCUUAAUAAACAUCAAAGCUUUCGAUGUUUUCCGACUUGAAGUUGAAUAUGACUCAAGAAACAGAAUAAAAUCGAAGAAGGUUAUGAUUGGCGAUACUUCAUCGAACGAACGAAUCAGUUACAACUAUGACGGUCAUUUGAUGGAAGUAGUAGGAUCUGAGGAUGACUGGAAAUACGUUUACGAUGAGAAUGGCAACGUAAUUGGAGUUAUUGAACACGGAGAGAAACGUUACCUCGGCUACGACAUCGGUGAUAGGGUUGUACAAUACAGCGACAUUGAAUACAGCAGCUACGAUGGCCGAGGUUUCGUCAUAAGACGCGGAGAACAAAAAUACAGGUACAACUCCCGAGGACAAUUCGUGCAUGCCUCCGAACGGGACAAGUUCCAAAUGUGGUAUUACUAUGACGACAGGAAUAGAUUGGUAGCAUGGAAGGACGACAAGAGCAACGUCACACAAUUCUUCUACGCCAACCCGCAAACUCCAAAUCUAGUAACGCAUGUUCACUUCCCGAAAUCUGGCAAAACUGUCCGAUAUCUAUACGAUCAGAGAGAUUUCUUAACGUGCAUCGAAACAGAAGACCAACGAUUUUAUGUUGCUACUGAUCAAAACGGCUCUCCGGUGGUAGUAUUUGAUGUAAAUGGAGAAAUCGUAAAGGAAAUCAAGCGCAGUCCAUUCGGAAAAAUCGUUAAAGACACAAAUCCAGAAUUCUAUGUGCCUGUGGACUUCCAAGGAGGCAUUUACGAUUAUUAUACCAAUCUGAUUUACUUAGACGCUCGGUUAUACGAUCCCGUUGUUGGUCAGUGGAUGACGCCGAGCUGGGAACAUCUGGCGAGUAAACUUCAUCUGCCUACAGACAUCUUCAUUUACCGAUUCAAGAACAACGAUCCAAUCAACAGAAAUCAGAACACUCCUUACAUGACAGAUCUGAGCAGUUGGCUUCAGUUGUAUGGAUAUGACCUCAACAAGAUGAUGGGCUCAAGAUACAUCACCAAUAUGAUCUUCCAACCUAAGGUAGAACUGACUGCGCCUCGACUGACUCCUGAUUUCGAAGUUUUGUCUGGACUUCAAUGUAUCAUUGAAAAGAUAAGCCACAAAUUAGCAGACAUGAACUUUGUCCCAACUCCGCUACUGAAAAUGGAACCGAUAACCAGAAAUCUGCUGCCACGAGUAUCAUACAAGCGCGGAGUAUUCGGCGAAGGAGUUCUUAUAUCAAGGGUGGACGGCAAAGCGCUAAUCAGUGUGGUCGAUGGAGCCAACAACGUCGUUGAAGACGUUAUAACAACUGUAUUCAAUAACUCCUACUUCUUAGACGUACACUUCAAUAUCCACGAUCAGGACGUUUUCUACUUUGUAAAGGACAACACGCUGAAAAUCAGAGAUGACUUAGAAGAACUUAGGAGGCUAUCUGGCAAAUUCAAUGUCUCACAAGACGAAACGAAUGAUCAAGGAUUAGAGGUACGAGUUCACGCCGUUGGAAAGGGCUCUGCGCAAGCGGUCAUUGUCCUGCGGUACGGUGUGGAUCCCAACCAAGAGCGUAUCAAACUGUUGAAGCAUGCGCACAAAAGAGCGGCCGCCAGAGCUUGGGAACGUGAAAAGGCCCUGGUCGCUGCAGGUUGGGACGGCAGGGGGUCAUGGACAGAAGAAGAGAAAGAAGAGCUUAUCUCACAUGGAAUCGUGGACGGCUGGGUGGCCAGGGACGUCCAUUCUGUAUCCAAGUACCCACAACUGGCAGACGACCCCGCAAACAUCGUAUUUGUUCGCGAUACCAGAAGAAAACGGAGAAAGAGUGGGAGAGCACGACACCGCUCAUAACUUUAACGUGCCAUAAAUGAACGCCACUUCGAUUUCAGAUUUGACACUGGCCAUUUUAUCAAAAAUAGUGAAGUUUCAAAUGUGGAAUGCCGGUAUUUAGUUCUUAACUAUUUUUUUAUAGGAUUGAAAGUGUUUAUACGUGGAAAGGAACGACAAAGAGGCUCCUGUGAUCGGUGUGUUACUGAUGGUUACGGAUAAUAGGAGUUAAUGCUAGGACUGAGUGGGAAAUAAAAGUUUUGUAAUGUAAGCUUACGGUUAGGUUAAGAUUGACUGGAAGCCGAAAGAAAUUCUAUGUCGAAAAUGUUUUUGUUUUCGUGUCGUACUUAUGCGUUACAAAGCUCAUACUUUAUUUUUACACACUUUAUGCCCUUUCAUCGUUGGACUGAACUGAAUCUCGAAACAACUCACUACAGGGUACCGAGUCAUAAAUAAAUAAACUUAAAUAAUAAAAAAAUAUAAUAAUACGACUAACUGAGCAUAAUACUUAUAAAAUCAUGGAACCAAAAUACUCAAUAUGCAAUCACAAUUUUAACUUUUUUUAUUGUUCAAUGAAAUAUUUUUUUAACAUUUUUAUUUUGAAUAGACUAUACGUAAAUCAUUUAAGAUGUUAUAAUUUAUCACAAGAUCCAUGUAUUCCUAUUAAGUUUUAGCCAAAUAUUUUGUUCUAUCCUUACCUACAUAUUUUAGGUACCUAUAUGUAAAUAAAAAUACGUAUAUUUUAUUCUUGUAGUUGUUCCUUUUAUAGACCUAAGGUCUUUUUACUUCGCAAUACUAACACUAUUUAGCAAUAAUUUUGUAUUUAAUAUCCUCUAAUAUAUCUGACUCUCCAAAUUAAAUGAAAUCUAUUUUUUGCUUGUUAGGUAACUUGCCAUAAUAACGCUGACGGGCUUUUAAGUAACAUAAAAUUUGUAGAGAUCAGAUCUCAAUAUUUUGGCGUGAACUUGAAAGUAACUAUGCAGAUGAGUUAUUCAGAGGAGUAAUAUGCGAUUUUUUGUAUAAUGUAGUUGUGAUUCAGGCGUUUAAUUCAUAAAUAAUAAAACUUUCAAGUGCGGCCAAAAUGUUCAAUCUACGGUGAAAACAGAACAAAUUGGACUUGUCAUGACCGACUUAGAAAGACUGACUAGGCUUUCACUCAAAAUGUCAGAGUAAUGGAAAGUUUUAUUUUCACUCCUCUUCACAAUAAACUGAAUAAUUAUUGCAAAAAAAAUAAAAAAAUGUUACCGCCCCAAAAAAAUAAAUUUAUUUCCAUUAGACGUCGUGUGUUUUCAGUACAGUAGUCAAGCCAUCUUCCCGUUCGGAGCGACAGAGUUCUAAGUAGAAUACAAUAAUCCAAAAAAGUAGCAUGACAUCGUAAAAAAUAAAAUAGACUAAAUAAAAUAAAACUAAUUAAAAUUUACAGUCAACGUAAUACGUACAUUCUGCAUGUGUUGUGCAAUAAUCGAACAGUAGGUCUUAUCGUAACCGUUUAGGAACAAACUUCUUGCUGACUUAACAGAACGACUAGAGACUGAUUUAUUGUUUCCACUCCCCACGUAGCUGCUAAGAGAAUACGCGCCUAAACCAAUACUCGAAGCGUAAGAAGUGUGUUUCGCAGUUACGAAUGUUAAUACUAUUGUGAUUCGUAGAUUUUUCCUUAACGAUAAGUCAGCGAGAAGCACAAAUUGUAAUUAAAAAGUAGAUAUUUAUAGUAUAUGUCCAUAAAUGUGUCUCAUUUAAAAUGUGGUGUCUAUUCUGUGUUAGAGAUACUUUAAUGAUAGGUGACUGAGUGGCCGGUGAUAGGAUGAGAAUAUUUUUUACAAAAAAAAAGUAUAGACUUGGUGAAAAAAAAUUCAAAAUUCGAAUCUAUCGGGUCGGGUGCGGAAGGCCCGCGCGUUGGUGAUAUUUUGGAAAAUGUGACUAAAAGAAGCAAUACUGUAAUGUAAUACGUCUUACUCUUUAUUUAGAACUUUAAGGUGUAUUUUUAUUUGAAAUUAAUUGAUAAUAUAAUAAUAUAUCUAUUGUGAAUGUAGUUAUUGAUUUCAUGGUGAUAUUUAGAGCGGUAUGUUAUCUUUUUUAUGAUGUAUAAAGAAUUCUAAUUUGUAAAUAGGUACUUAAUUGAGUAUGUAAUCUGUAAAAAUAUUGUACAUAUCUUUACGCUUGAAUUAUUUAUAAUGUAACCUGAUAAGGAUUUUAGGAUUAUAAUGAAUUGUAAUAUAUCAAAGUGGAAGGGAUUUUACCGAGAGGUUUAUGUUGUCUGAGCAUAGAUCAAUAUUUAAUUAAAUGUUGAUGUAUGGUCAGGCGAUUAUUCGACUGUCGCGAUAAAAGCUGUUAUCAAUUUGGCGGGAAAAUCAAUUGGAGUGACAGCUCCAUAGAUCACGUGCGGCCAUUGACAUCCAUAGACUUCAGCUUCUAGAUUACUUUAGAGAGCUUACAGUGUACGAUCUUCACACGAAGCAUUUACAUGUAGAACUGAUUUCCUCGUAAUGCAUUUAAUUUGUAUGUAGAUAUGGUGCAUAGACCCCAUUAAAAUACUCUGAAUGUGUAUAGAUAGUCAACUGUCAUACUCUGUUAGUCGGGAGAGUGCGUGCUCAUCAGGCGCAAGCAUGUACGAUAAUAAUAGAAAGUAUUCUAAUGGAAUAUGUAAUAAAAAAGUAUUAAAAUA